AUGCCCGGCGGCGCACAACCGGCGCGCGAGCGCGCGUCCGCCGCGUCCGGUCGCUUAAAUCCCAUCUGGUAUCAGUACGCGUGCGCGACACUUGUCGCCGCCGUCGUGCUAGGAAACCUCCUGCGCUGGUCGUUCUUGGACUAUGCCGACCCCUAUGGGUGCGGUGCGCUGAUGGAGACGGGCAAGUGGCUCGACCCGGGAACCUGGAAGAACUGGCAGCCAGAAGGCUGUUACCAGGCCGCGCUCAAGGGUGACGCCUUGGGAACGUGUCUCACGACGUCGACCCAGAACACUCCCACUACUGGAACUGCAGGACCUCGUGACCGCCGCGCCAUCUUUGUGGGCGACUCCAACGUUCGCCUGCUCUACUUUGCGACUGUGCGGACCAUUGACGGCAAGACGUAUGGCAAGAACUGGGAGGUGGACGCGCCCAAGCACACCGAUCGUCAGGCCACUGUCACGACCAAGUCUGGCGAGCGCCUCACCCUCGACUUUUGGUGGGACCCGUUCCUCAACUCGACGCAGACGCAGGACUUUAUCACCCGGCCCGGCGUCGACCCAGCGAGCCUCUUGGUCAUUGGCACUGGUCUCUGGUACCUCCGCCAGCCUUCGUCGGGCGGUAUGGGUGCGUGGACGAGCAUCAUCUCGUCGACCUUUAACACCUUGAGGAGCACCCAGGGCAUUCCCGCCUCGCCGCUCAUUGCGCCAUGGGACGACAUGAGCGUCACGCACGACAACCUCAUGCCUGGGCUGUUCCCCGACGGCACAGGCGCCGACGCAGCCAACCGUACCGCAGCCCGUUUGGCAAAACAGCAAACGCAGACCUCGGUGACUCGCGACUUCAAGAUCGCCGACGCCAUUAUUGUGCUCCCCAUCCCGAACCCGGUCGAGGACAAGCUCUCGGAAGAACGCGCCGAGACCAUCAUGCACGACGACGUUGACGCGAUGAACGCCGACCUCCUCGCGCGUCUCUCGCACCCUUCCCCUCCGCCUAUUCUUAUUCCCAAGAUCUUCAACGAGCUGCUCGUCGACGACGAGACCGAUGACGGUCUCCACUGGUCCGACAAGAUCAUGAACAAGCAGGCCGAGCUGCUCCUUGGUUGGCGCUGCAACGACGCUGUCCGCAAGCAGGGCCAGGAAGGUACUUGUUGUCGCCGGUACAACGCCGUCCGGCCCCUGCAGGCCCUCACCCUUCUCUUCCUCGGUCUUUGGGCGCCCGUCACUGCCUACUUUGGCGCGCUGCUCCCUCCGGGCUCGGGACUCCAGAAGGUUAUCCCCAGCGGUAAAGCUGCUGCGGGUCUCAGCACCUUUGGCCUUGCCAUGUCGUACCUGUACCUCGCCGACCGCACCACCAUCUUCCAAAAGGAACAAAAGGACUACGACGUCGUUGUCUUUGGCGGUCUCACCAUCGCGGCCCUGAUCGCUGGUCUGGCCACCAUCAAGAACCGCGGCAAGGACCUCGGUUUCCUCAACCGUGACAUUACCGACGAGUGGAAGGGCUGGAUGCAGAUUGCUAUUCUGAUCUAUCACUUCUUUGGCGCGUCCAAGAUCUCGGGCAUUUACAACCCCAUCCGUGUCCUGGUCGCUGCGUACCUGUUCAUGACGGGUUACGGCCACUUCUUCUUCUACUACAAGAAAGCCGACUUUGGAUUCCAGCGUGUCGCCAGUGUCCUUGUGCGCAUCAACCUUCUGUCGGUUGUCCUGCCGUACACCAUGAACACCGACUAUGUGUUCUACUACUUCGCGCCGCUCGUCUCGUGGUGGUACGUCAUCAUCUACGUGACCAUGUUUGUGGGACACAAGUACAACGACCGCCCGGUGUUCCUCAUUUCCAAGCUACUGGGCGCUGCAACCCUCGUCUCGGUCUUCAUGUACCAGACGUGGAUGAUGGAGGGAAUCUUCAAGGUCCUCUACGCCGUGUUCCGCAUCCAGUGGAGCGCCAAGGAGUGGUCGUUCCGCGUCAGCCUCGACCUGUACAUUGUCUGGAUCGGCAUGUUUGCCGCCUACGCGUACAUCAAGGCCAAGGAGGUCAACCUUACCGAACGCCCUUGGUUCUCGGCUGCGCGCAACGGCUCGGUCGUCGCCAGCGUCCUCGCCAUGACAUGGUACUUUUGGUUUGAGCUCUCGCGCGAGAACAAGUUUGUGUACAACCGCUACCACGCUGCCGUGUCGUGGGUGCCCAUUAUCGCCUUUAUCGUCCUCCGCAACGCCACGCCCAUCAUGCGCUCGAGCACGUCGCGCAUCUUUUGCUUUAUCGGCCAGAUCUCGCUCGAGACGUUCAUCCUCCAGUUCCACGGCUGGCUCGCGGCCGACACCAAGGCCAUCCUCCUCGUCAUCCCUGCCACGAGCUGGCGGCCCGUCAACCUAGUCAUUUCGUCCAUUGCCUUCGUCUGGCUGUCGUAUAAGGUCUCGGGCGCGACGGGCGACAUUACAGAGUGGGCCGUCGGCAAGAAGAAGAAGCCGGCCGGCAGCCUGCCCGCCCCCGCGACGGCUCCGGGUCCAUCCACGAGCGCCAGCGAGGGCCAGAACGGCGGCGCAGAGAGCAUCCCCCUCAUGGAGCGCGACGCAAACGGCGAGACCAAGCCUGCGGGCAGCGGCGACGACGAGGCCCUCGCCGGCGCGGCCGCGGGCGAGGACACGCCCACGCGCGAGGCGAACGGCAUCUGGCCCAACUUUACCUCUGCGACGGCCGCGUCGGGCCGCACCGUCGAGGGUUACGCGCAGGAACGCAGGUGGAAGGACCAGACGAUCGUCUCGGUCCUGUCCAACCUGGGCACGCUGGCCGAGGAGCACACGAGCGUCAAGCUCGCGCUCGUCCUCGUCGUGCUCUGGGUGGCCAACUGGCUGUACUAG